UGGUUUUUUGAGAAGCUGAGUUGUUAAGCGGCUGAUUGUCCACCUCAGCGCACGCGUGGCUGCCUAUCAACAUUAGAACCGUUUUAUCCGGCGGCGUUAGGGUUUUGACUUUGAACUCAAACUCAAUAAUGGACGAUACGCACCCGACACCGACGGUACCACCCUCAACUGCAUCGGCAUACCUUAAUCCUUCCUACUGGGAUGAAAGGUUUACAAAGGAGGAGAAAUAUGAAUGGUUGAAAGAUUAUUCCCAUUUUCGUCACCUCAUUCAACCUCAUCUUACACCCAAUUCCUCUGUCCUUGAACUUGGAUGUGGAAAUUCACAAAUGUGUGAAGGCUUGUAUAUGAAUGGAACAACCAAUAUAACUUGUAUUGAUCUUUCACAUGUUGCUGUUCAAAACAUGCAAAACCGUUUGCUUUCUCACAAAUUCAAAGACAUAAAAGUGAUGCAAGCUGAUAUGCUAGAGCUACCUUUUGACGAUGAGUGUUUUGAUUUGGUUAUCGAGAAGGGAACGAUGGAUGUAUUGUUUGUGGAUAGUGGUGACCCAUGGAAUCCGAAGCCAGAAACAAUGGCCAAGGUCAUGUCGACGUUGAAAGGCGUUCACAGGGUUUUGAAAGAAAAUGGCACAUUUAUCUCAAUAACUUUUGGCCAGCCACAUUUCAGGCGACCUAUAUUUAAUGCACCGGAAUUUAGCUGGUCUGUUGAGUAUACUACUUUUGGUGAAACCUUUCACUAUUUUGUGUAUGUUCUGAAGAAGGGACAGAGGUCAUCAAAUGAAGAUAUACAACCUGUUAAGAGUUUUGAAGUGCAGCAUUUUAAUCUGUUCCACGAGGAGUUAGAAGGUGAAGAUUUUGCUUUUCGAAUCAAUGUUGAUGAGUUGAACAAUUGAACAGUAUUGUAUGAAAUUUUAUUACCAAUUUUAAAUGCUUUUCCCAGCUGCAA